GUCACGUUUUGUGGACAUCCUUGGACGUCACGUCACCUGCUGCUGUCAGGGUGAUCGUCAAGAUGGCGACGAAAGAGACACCGCAGCUCCGCAGCAUCUCUGCGUGUUUGGCCGUUUUUCUCGGUUUAUUGAACAUAUUAAAUACGGGAAAUUGCGAUGAGCAGGUGCCGCUUAUUAUGUGGACAAGUGAGGGGGUCUCCGUACCGAGUCAGUCUCCCCCUACAGCAGGGCACAUCGUGGGGCAGCAGCAGCUGGCCUCCUACCUGGAGAAAGCUCUGAGUGUGGGCCCAAGAAAUGUUGUGCUGUUCCUUCAGGAUAAGAUGAGCAUCGAGGACUUCACUAUGUAUGGAGGGGCCUUUGGAAACAAGCAAGACAGUGUUUUCCCGAACCUGGAGGGGGCUCUGAGGUCCUCGUCCUCCCCUCUGGUGUUACCUGCUGUGUCCUGGCCUGCCUCCAAUGCAGUGAUUGGCCAGCUGCAGGACCAAUUGGACACCUCUCCUCUGUACAUGGAUCCUGAGACACUGAGUCAGCUGAGACUCAACGCCUCCUCGCCCGCCCUGCUGGUGUUCAGACUGCCGUACGGCUUCGGGGCUGAUCUGAUGUCUGCCAAAGAUAUUCUCAGUGGAAACGAUGAGAUGAUUGGCCAGGUGUUGAGCACCAUGAAGACCCAGUCUGUCCCGUACACAGCCAUCUACACAGCCCUGCAGCCCUCCAGGGAGGCUGCGUCUCUCUCCAUGGAAAUGGGCGUUGGCGGAGGGCGCUCUCUCCUGCAGGCCAGAGGUGGAUGGCGCGAGAGGGAGAGAGAGAAGGAGAAGCAGCGCAAGAUCAAGGAGAAGGAAGUGAUCUACGGUCCAGUGGAGUUUAAGGAGGGGGAUGACACUUGUAUCAUGCUGUGGGCCACAGGCCUGUCAGUGAGCAUCCUGCGGAGCGGGCGCUGGGAAGAGCACGACCUCACCCCCUCCACCUUUGGAGAGGGAGUCAGCCCAAAACUCGGCGGCUCAACCUGCGACAAAUCCAAAGCGAGGUUGGUUCUAAAUUAUGAGAAAGUUCUGGGCCACAGCAGCUUCAAACUCAUCUUUGUUAUGAGCCAGCGUCACUACAAGGUGUCCGCGCGCCGCUGGUUCACAUUAGACGCCGUGGAGCUGGAGUACGACGGCACCAAAGCCACAUUUAACGGGAGCAGACAUGUUUACGCCCCGGCUGAGUACUCGUACCGCUGCGGCUCCGUCACCAACUUCCGCUGGCCCGUGCUCAUCCCACGCACAUCUAAAGAUCCAGCCAAUCAGUGGAGGGUCUCUUUUGCAGACUUUCAGAUCCAGGGCUUCAACGUGACUGGAAGUGACUUCUCGUACGCCAGUGACUGCGCAGGCUUCUUCUCUCCGGGGAUCUGGAUGGGUCUGAUAACCAGCCUCCUCAUGCUGCUGGUGCUCACCUACGGGCUCCACAUGAUCAUGCAGCUCCACACUAUGGACCGCUUUGAUGACCCCAAGGGCCCGGCUAUCUCCGUGCCCCUCACAGAGUAACAACCCUGUUUCUUCUCCCUCCAUCUCUUCUCCUUUCUCUCAUUGCAAUGCUUCCACUCCGACCCGAUACAUUCCACUCCCUGUUCAUCUGUGGUUGGGCCUUAUACAGACUAGUGUUGUUGUCAGAGUAAGGGUUUAGUCAUCACUGCAUAUGUAUACUUUACAAUGUGCAUCCUGAUACUGAAGAAUCAUAUUUUCAGGUAGCCCCAGUUUGUGUGUCUCAGGUAUACAUUUGAGUCAUAGUGGGAAUCAUGUGUUAUCUAGAAGGAGCUUUAACAAUAAUUAAAACUGUUCUUAAAGGUGGGGUAGGUAAAUUUGAGAAACCGGCUCGAGAUACACUUUUUGUUAUAUUCCAUGGAAUGUUCUUAACAUCCCGAUAGCAAUGAAUAUCUUAAGUGCUUUGACAAAAAAACUAUAACAAAAUGUCAUCUGUGGAAGCCGUAGUACUGUACAAAGCACGACCAAUCAUUUUAGCCGGCCUGUCAGCCUUCCAUCUCGUGCACAAACUUAUCUCGUGCCCUCAUUGGUCAUGUGCGCGUUCGUGUGUGUUGGAGGAGGGGCUCUGUAAGGAAGUGGCAGAUUUGUUCCAGCUGUGUAUUUUCAAAUUCUAGCGCACUCGAGCUGGUUUCUCCAAAAUUACCUUCCCCACCUUUAAGGUAUUUCUAAAAAUCUGAAAUAUUUGUCUGGUGCAAGGACAGAUUGUUCAGUCCUUUCCUAAGUUGCAACUUCGGUUACUAAAUCAAACAAAGAUGGCAGGUGGAAAUGAUGCACCUUUCUACAAAAAGAGGCAAUAAUCAACAUUUCUAAAUAACAACGCAUCAACAAAAUUGUAAAAGGAAACCCUUAAAGAUCUCUUAUUGUGCAACAAACAGAUUGGUUGUUAUCCAGAUAGAAAAACAUUCCGAAUAAUGAGAUGUAUUUAUUUUUCCAAAGUAAUGUGAAUCCUUAAGAGACACAAACUGGAGCUAUCGUUUUCAGGUGGGUAAAUGUUCCACUAAAGGGAUACAAUUGUAGAUACAGGGGCAAAAAUAAAUUAUGAAAUGCUAUUUAUUGGUGAAAUGUGUGUGUGUGUGUGUGUGUGUGUGUGUGUGUGUGUGUGUGUGUGUUUACAUUUGUGCUUGUGUCUGUUUGUAAGUGAAAUGAAGGAUUACACAUUCUGUAUGGAUGAUAGAUAAAUGAUAUUUAACUCCAGUAUUCAAAGAGCAAAGGGACCAUUCAGAUAAUCUCUGAGGUAAGGAAAUGCAAAACAUGAAAUGGACUUCUUCAGUUACAGCAUUAAAAUGAAGACAUUUCCAGUUGUUAGUGAGUAAUAUUCAUGGUUUGUCUUAUCCAAUCAUGAACUUAAGUUACUUAUAUCAUUUUUAAAACACAAUUAACAUGAACAUUAUAUUUAUUUCAAGUCAAGCUUUCCACAACUGAUGUGCACUGAAAUACGCUCAAUGUGAAUUGAAUUUGUUUGUUAAUUUAUUUUGAUGAUUUGUAGUGAAUAUCAAUGAAUGUCGUGCUGCUGCUGUGGACCCAAUAAACCAUCUGUGGAAUGAA